UUUUACAAAUAUUUAAACGACGUCGCAUUAGCAGCCCCACGACCCCGCGGAUCUUCUUCUUCCUCUGUUCUUCGAACCUGUCGAAUGAAUGCUCCGCAUGUGAUCCAGGAAUCAGAGGGAAAGAACAAAGCCAUUUCUCCCUACUUUAUGUCCGUUUCGAAGCUCCGAUUUCAAAGGAACUGUUCUAGCAAUUGCUUUUUCUUCUGAUAUUUCUACCGUGUAAUUCACGUAGAUCUUCAAAUACUUAUGUUCUCUUCGGCGAUUCUGCGGUUUUUGUGACUUUUGAGGGUUUUGAUAUGUCGUCGAAGCUAAAUUGUGGGAGAGAUAUGAAAUUUUCGAGCUGGGGUUUGCUCUUCCUUGUUUGCAACAUAUUCUUCUCGAGGGUUUCUGCUUUCCGUCUCAGUCGGAGUCAACCGACCGAGCGAAUUUCAGGUAGUGCUGGUGAUGUGCUGGAAGAUGAUCCUGUCGGAAGACUGAAAGUCUUCGUCUAUGAGCUUCCAAGCAAAUACAACAAGAAGAUACUUCAGAAGGACCCGAGAUGUCUCAACCACAUGUUUGCUGCCGAGAUCUAUAUGCAUCGGUUUCUCUUGUCCAGUCCAGUUCGAACACUUAAUCCCGAAGAAGCCGAUUGGUUCUAUGUUCCUGUCUACACGACCUGCGAUCUCACACCCAAUGGGCUUCCACUUCCGUUCAAAUCACCUCGUAUGAUGAGAAGUGCCAUUCAGCUUAUUGCUUCCAACUGGCCUUACUGGAAUCGCACGGAAGGAGCAGAUCACUUCUUUGUUGUGCCCCAUGACUUUGGAGCUUGCUUCCAUUAUCAAGAAGAGAAGGCUAUAGAAAGAGGAAUUUUGCCCUUGCUUCAACGGGCAACACUGGUGCAGACAUUUGGGCAAAGGAAUCAUGUUUGCUUGAAAGAGAGUUCAAUUACAGUUCCUCCAUAUGCUCCACCACAGAAGAUGCAAUCCCACUUGAUUCCUGAAAAAACUCCUCGGUCCAUCUUUGUUUACUUCAGAGGGUUAUUUUAUGAUGUCGGGAAUGACCCUGAGGGUGGUUACUACGCCAGGGGAGCAAGAGCAGCCGUGUGGGAGAACUUCAAGGACAACCCUCUAUUCGAUAUCUCGACAGAACACCCGACAACUUACUACGAGGACAUGCAGAGGGCAAUCUUCUGCCUAUGCCCACUUGGAUGGGCCCCUUGGAGUCCGAGGCUGGUGGAAGCCGUGAUCUUCGGGUGCAUCCCCGUGAUCAUAGCUGACGAUAUCGUCUUACCAUUUGCAGACGCAAUCCCGUGGGAAGAGAUCGGAGUGUAUGUGGACGAGAAGGAUGUCCCGAACUUGGACACGAUACUGACAUCGAUCCCACCGGAGGUGAUAUUGAGGAAGCAGAGGUUACUGGCUAACCCGUCGAUGAAACAAGCGAUGCUGUUCCCGCAGCCGGCUCAACCAGGGGAUGCGUUCCAUCAGGUGCUGAAUGGAUUGGCUCGUAAGUUGCCUCAUGACAGGAGCGUGUAUCUGAGACCGAGUGAGAAGGUGUUGAACUGGACAGCCGGUCCGGUCGGUGAUCUGAAACCUUGGUAACUAUUUACUCAGGUUUUGUCUUUCUGAUGGGAAAUAGAACCAUUGAGUCUUGAAAUGGGUUUGAAGGUAGAGGAUGAAAUGUAAAAAUAGGACUACCAAGGGGAGGAUCCUUUGCUUUGACAUUUUGUAUGGUACAUUACAUUCUCCAUUUCCUCUUAUUCAAUCAGCGGCUUUUGUUUCCUA